CAAUCGAUGUGGCUCACAUCGCUAGCGUUGGUUUUUGUUGCAUACAAAAGACGGAUGGGUCCCGUAAAGUAUACAAGAAUACGAAAAAUUAAGCCAUUAAUUCGAUGAAUUUUAACAAUUCAAGCGGUUAUUCUGUUAUACGUUGUGAUAGUUUCAAAUUUUCACCGAUCACGAACGAUGGGAGCCCAGUGAAACUUAAGCUGGAUGCAUUUCCAUUUCCAUGUCCGCGGCAGCCGCAGCAACAACAAAAGCGAAACGAAAGAAAAGUGAAAUUUGAGCAAAAGGAAUAGCGCAUGCUAGUCAAACAACAAAGAAAUGGAAAAUUUGAAAAUCAGUGAAAAGUUAUUCGAGGAUGUGAUAUAUUAUGUGCUCGGCAGCUUGGAUGAUGAGAGCGAGAGAUUGCUUAAGAAUGGCGGCGCGCAGUCGAAGCUUUACCUUUCGGACCAAAUCACGCAUUUAAUAUGUGCCAGCAACUACUCCGAAGAGGAGCUCUCCAUGAAUCUGGACCUCUACAAUGUGAUACCUGUGAGCGAGCAAUGGAUCUCGCACAGCGCCAAACUGGGUCGCAUGGCCUCCACGCGUGCCUUCGACCCAAGCCAGCCGCGUUUCUUGCGCGGCAUACGUGUCGCCAUCACCAAUGUGGUGGCCAGCGAUCGCCGGCGCCUCUAUGCGAUGCUCACCUUCCAUGGUGCCGUCGUUACACACACGCAUGGAGCCACCAAUACGCAUCUGGUAUGCGGCGCUGCCACCGGCAACAUUUACAAUAAAGCGCUGGCGCUGCCCAAAAAUGCCAUGAACAUUGUCACGCCCGACUGGGUCACUGAUUGCCUCAAAUUCAAGAGCUGUCUACCCUGUGAGCCCUAUCAUCCCAGAUUACUAAAGCCCAUCGAGAAGCAGCGCACCCAAAAGCAGCAACAGCAGCAGCAACAACAACAACAACAACAGCAGCAGCAGCAACAACAAAAUCUGCAGCAGCAACAGCAGCAACAUCAACAACAGCAGCAGCAAUUGCAACAGCAAUUGGCACAACAGCAUCAACAACAACAACAACAACAGCAGCAGCAGCAACAACAUUUAGUACAACAAUUGCCACAACAGCAACAACAACAACCAGCUGCUACACAGCUGUCUGACAUACUAGGCUUUGGGGACGAUAGCGCUGCCCAGAGUAUCGCUAGCAUUAAAUCCCAACUGCAGGCAUCGGCAGAGCGUGCUGCAGCUGAGCAGCAGCAGCUGCAGCAGCAACAGCUGCCACAGCCCGCGCAACAGCAAGUCGUCUUUGUGCGUCCACGCAACAUGCAGCAGCAACAACAAUUGCAGCAGCAGGGUGCACCACAGGCGCCACCACCACCGCCGCCACCCACGCCGCAGCAGCAACAGCAACAAAUCAUAAUACAGCAGCAAAAAAUCAUACCAGCUAAUCUGCAGCAGCAGCAGCAACAACAACAGAUCAAAAACAUUUUGCAGCAGCAGCGACAAAUAAAGAACACACAACAGCAACAACAGCAGCAACUGCAACUUUUGCAGCAACAGGAGCAACAGCAGCAGCAACAACAACAACAGCAACAACAACAACAGCAGCAACAACAACAACAGCAAUUAUUACUCCAGCAGCAGCAGCAGCAGCAACAACAACAGCAACAACAAUCGCGUCUGCCUACAACACCCACCAUGCCACAACCACCCAUGCCCAGUGGACGACAAACGCCGCGCACGCCUCAGCCGGCAACAACACCACAGCCCGUGCAAUCACCGCAGCAGCAAGUGGGACAACAGCAACAAGUGCCGCAACAACAACAACCGUCCGUGUCAGUCUCGCCACAAAUGCUGCAUCAGCACAUAAUGAACAAGCAGCAAAUGUUGCAGCAGCAGCAAAUGCAACUGCAUCAGCACAUACAAAAUGGCCAGAGCCUGACACCACAACAACAGGCGUUGCAGCGCCAGAUACAGCAACAGCAGCAACUGUUGCAGCAGCAAAUGCAGAUGCAGCAAAUGCAACAACAACAGCAACAACCGCAGCAGCAAUCACCACGCAUGGUGCAAAAUCGUUCGCCAGUCAUGCCACCCGGUACGCCUUCACCCUCGCUGCAGCAGCAGCAACACUUGGUUGCGAGCAGUAGCAACAUGUUGCCGCCUCAGUCACCACGACAACUGCAAUCGCCAGCGCCACAAAUGACCCCGCCUCCGCCGCCUUCGCCACAGAGCGCACAGCAGCACUUGCGUCAACAGCAGCAACAAUUGCAACAGAGUCGCCAGCAGCAACAGCAGCAGCACAUGAUGGGCUCCCCGCAACAACAGCCGCCCACGGCCAUGAUGUCGCCACAACAGCAACCAUUCCAACAACCAGUGCAUCAGCAACAACGCAUGCAGCUGCAGCAGCAACAACAACAGCUCGCACAACAGCAGCAGCAGCAAAGUCCUCAGCACAUUUCAGCGCCGCAAUCACCUCAGAUUUCACAAACGCCACCCAUGGCUAGCAAACAACAGCAGCAGCAACCAGCUCAGCAUCCGCAGCAGCAGCAGCAACAGCAAUCCUUUGUGCAGCCCAUCGAUCCCACGGAUCCCGUGCAAGUUGCUCAAGUGCUCAGUCGUUCUACACUGAGCAGCAAUCAGGAUUCACUGAUUAUGCGCCAGCAGCAGUUAAAGCAACAACAGCUGCAGCAACAGCAGCAACAACAACAACAACAACAGCAGCAACAACAACAACAGCAGCAACAACAACAGCAGCAGCAGCAACAACAAAUACCACAACAACAUACGCCCUCGCCAAGACAGUCACCUUUGCAUCAACAGCAAACAACACCACAACAACCAGAGAGGCCCUUACAGCAGCUGCAGCCACAACAGCAGCAACAGCCGCCACAAAUGGCACAGCAACUUGGACCUGGACAGCAGCAGCAACAGGUCAUAACCCAGCGACACGUGAUCAACACUUCAACGGCCCAGGGACAGCAACUAAUACAGAGUCAUAUGAUGAGCAUACAGCAGCAACAGCAAAAGCAGCAGCAAAUGUUGCAGCUGCAACAGCAACAGCAAAUGAUACCUCAGCAGCAGCAGCCACAACAGCAGCAACUGCCACAGCAACAGCAACAACAGCUACCACCUCAACAACAACAGCAGCAGCAGCAGCAACAACAACAACAACAACAGCAACAAGUACAGUUCACGCAGCAACAAAACAUUGCAUUGGGCACAGGCGGUCAGGUUCGCAUCAUACAGCAGACCAUACAACCACCGCAACAACAGCAACAGCUGCUGGGACAACAGUUUGCGCCGCAGCAACAACAAGCACCACAACAACAACAACAACAACAGCAGCAGCAACAACAACCAAUGCAACAACAACAACAACAACCACCACCACCAGCCAUGCAGACCAAAAAAUUCUACAUCAGUCAGCAGCAAUUCAGUCAGCUCAGCGCGCAGCAGCAGCAGCAAAUAUUAGCGCAGAAUCAGCAAAACCAAAAUGUGUUCAUUGUGAAUUCCACAAAUCUGUCACAGCAACAACAGCAGCAGCAGCAACAACUUGUGCAGCAGCGACAACUAUUGCAGCAACAGCAGCUAAUAACACAGCAGCAACAACAGCAACGACUGCAAAUGCAACAACAACAACCACAACAACAGCAACAACAAAUUGUGAUAAAUCAGCAAGUCAUCAGCGAUCCGCAGCGUUUGCAAUACUUGCAGCAGCAACAGCAAUUACUGCAGCAAAAACAGCAACAACAACAGCAGCAGCAACAACAACAACAGCAACAACAACAAAUCAUUGGGCCGCCACAACAGCAGCAGCAGCAAAUUCUUAUACAACAGCAACAGCCAGUGGCACAACAGCAACAACAACCGCCGCCACAGCAAAUCAUGCAACAGGUGCUCAUAAAGCAACAACAUUUGCCACAACGCACGCCACCGCCGCAAUCGCCACAGCAGCAACAGCAACAGUUGAUGCUGCAGCAGCAAUCGCCACAGCAUCACGCACAGAUGCAGCAGCAGCAGGCGCACUGGUCCCCGCAGAGUCCUGUGACAAAUCAGUUGCCACCCACAACGCCUGGCACUCCCACCACAAGCAUGGGCAUGCAAUCACCGUUGCCUGGCACGCCCACAACUCCGCAACAGCAACAGCAGGCGCCACAGCAAUUUGCGCCGCGCGGACUGCGUCCGCAAACACCUUGGCCCGCACAACAGCAGCCACCACCGUCACAGCAACAACAACAACAACCGCAGCAGCAGCAGCAACAACAACAACAGCUUGUGCUGCCGCCUCCGCAGCAGCAGCGCCAACUAAUACAUCUGGAUGAGAAGACGCAUGCGCAUUUCAUGUCGCUAGAUGCACACAAACGUGCCGAAUACAUUACGAAACUGAAUCAGAACAAGCCACGCGUCAUGCUGCGCCAGCAGGUGGCCUAUCAGCCACGCCCCGGUGCGCCCGGUAGCGUGGUGGCCACACGUGCACCGGGCCCAGUGCCAGUGCCUGGACCAGGCACUUCGCACAUUAUUGUGCAAAGCCAAAUGCCGGGCGGACUUACGCAGCAAGAGCAAAUGCUCUGGCUGCAGCAGCAGGGCACACGUCAAGUAGUAGUGCGUGCGGGCGGUGCGCCUGGACUCAGUCCCAUAACGCAGCAACAACAACAACAACAGCCUGGCGGAGCACCUCAACAGCUACCUCAGCAGCAACAGCAGCAGCAACAACAAUUUAAUCCGAAUGAUCCCAGUCAGCAAAUGUUACUGCAACGGCAACAGCUGCGCGUGCAACAAAUACCCAUGCAACAGGCGCCGGCGCCGCAGCUGGGCAAGCAGACCGUGCAGCUCAUUACCGGUCCCAAUGGCCAGCUAAUCGAACAGCAAACCAUUGUUCAGCAGCAGGCGCAGCAACAGCAGCAGCAGCCGACAACACCAGGCACACCCACCACACCUGGAACUGGCGUAGUUGUUGGUGGCGCCGCAGGUGGCAAUAUUAUGACGCAAACUCUGGUCAUGCCCGCAGCAGCGCCCGAUGGUCAACAGCAGCAACAGACGCCGCAGCAGAUGAAUUUGAAAACGAAAACCGCUUUGGCCAACAUGCUGAGCAAUCGCCUGGGCAACAAUGGAGCGCAGGUGCCGCCGCAACAGCAGCAACUACUUUCCAUGAGCGAUGUCCAGCAGCAACAGCAGCAGCAGCAACAACAGCAGCAAAUUGUGCAACAGGUUGUAGUUAGCGGUGCCACACACCAGCAGCAGCAACAGUUGCUGCUGCAACAACAGCAGCAGCAGCAGCAACAACAACAGUUGGUUGCAGCGCAGCAACAGCAAUUGGCAACGGGACAACAGCAACAUGUGGAGACACCAUCUGCUGCUGGCGCACUGCGCAUGAUGGGUCAGCAGCAUAAUGCUGCUGUGGGCGUGCCUGGUCCGCCACGGACACAGCAGGAGCUAGUUCUGUUGCAACAGCAGCAACAACAACAACAGCAGCAGCAGCAGCAAUUGCUACAGCAGCAUCCCCAGCAAAUGCGACGUGUCGUCGGCGUGCCGCAGCAACAGUUACCACAACAGCAUUUGGUGCAACAACAAAUUGUGGUCGCACCGCAGGCGAACAUACAGCAACAACAGCUGCCAGUGGGCGUUCCAGUGCAAGUAGCAGGCGGCCCGCCUCAUGUCUACAUGCAAGUGCGUCCCGGCCAGCCGCCCAUACCGAUGCCGCCGCGACCCCAGUUCUAUGGCCACAAUCCAAACUUGAAGCUGCCGGCUGAUCUCUUCCUAGUCGGCUGCACCUUUUACAUCGUUGAAUACGACGAGACGGACAGCGAUGAGCUGCCCAUUUGGCUGGACACCAUACGCCAAUUUGGCGGCGAUAUCGAGCGUGUCUAUUGCGCCCGUGUGACGCACGUCAUCUGCCGCACCCAGCGGCACGGCAUGGUGAUGCAGGCACUGCGCGAUGCCAAGCGCUGCGUGACCGCCUACUGGCUAAGCGACAUCUGUUUGAAGCGACAGCUAAUGCCACCGUGGCAGCCGCUGCAUUUGCCCUUCCCCAGCCAGUUUGGUUAUCGCAAGCCGCUGGAGCGCUACAUUAUCACAUCGGAGGGCUUUGAGGGCGAGGAAGUUGUGCGGCUGCAGCAAAUGGCCGAGGAAUGUGGAGCCAUUUACACCUCGUACCUGUCCAAGGUGAACACGCUAGUUGUCUGCAAACAACUGGAGGGCAAUAAAUCCAAUGCGGCCAAAGAGUGGAACAUACCAAUGGUCAAUGCCCUGUGGCUCAGCGAUGUGUGCAUCGGAAAUCUGAGCGGGCUCACCCAGUACGAGAAUCCCAAAUAUCAGCAGUACAAUCUGGUGGCGCCAUUCCGCAUCGAAUGCAAUCUGGUGCAGCAUUUGCUGGCCGCCUGGAAAGCGCCCAUUAAUCUCACCCAGGAGGCACACGAGCGUGUCAAGCGUCAUCUUUCCGAUCCGUAUGCGAAUGAGCAGAAGAUUAAGCGGCAGAAACUGUGCGUCUAUCAGGAGCAGCUGCCCGAGCAAAUCGUUUGCAUUGAAUAUCCGCAGACUACAAAACCGCCCAAGGUCAUCUUCUCGCAGGUCGCCGAUGCGGAGGCGCUCAAAAAGGCUGUCGAACUUCUUGGCGGCAUUGUGGUAGACAGUCCCAUAGAUGCAACACAUUUGGUCAUGACGCGUGAGAGUCGCACCUGCAAACUGAUUCAGGCCUGCUGCCAUGUGGACUAUGUGCUCAAGUCCAGCUGGUUGGUGGACAGCGCCAAGGCCGGCAAGUUUGUGCCGCCGGAUGAGUAUCGCAUCCGGCACAUACCCGUCGAUGAGAAUCUGCAGUUCGAUUUGGAUGCUGUGCUGUGUGCGCCGACACGUUCUACACUAUUUGCGGGCAGAUACUUCUAUGUAACGCCCGAUGUAUUUCCGGCACGCGAUGAAAUCAUACGCAUGAUCGAAUCUUCGGGCGGCAAAGUGGAGGCGAAACGACGCAGCGGUGCCGCCGUUGCCGAGGCGCAUGUCCAGGCGCCCGACUCUUAUAUCAUUGUUACCUGCCCAACGGAUAUGCACUUGUGCGCGGAUCUGACGCGACAUGGCAAUCCCAAGUGCCAUAUUGUCUCUACGGAGUUUGUGAUGAGCUCCAUAUUGCGGCAACAGCUGGAAAUUGAGCCUAAUUUGAUACCCUAUUUGUACAACAAUAACAUUUCCAACAGCAGCAGCAGUAACAACAAAUCCUAGCGACAAGCUGUUCUCUACUUCUUGUUGCUUAAAGCUUGAGGCACAUUCAGGAAAUUUUAUAAACUUUGUUAUGUAUCUAUGUACGUAUGUAUAUUAAGAAUCCCAUCCCAUUUUCAUCGAGCCUGUGAGCUGUGAAUGCAAAUCUAGUCCACAUUGAAACUGAUGAAAAUUGGGUAACUAAUCGGUUAUAUAUAUAUAUAUCACAAUCCCAUAUAGAGCUAGCUGGCUGGUGUUAUCAAAACGAUUGAUAAAGCCCUUACUACAGCUAUUUUUACACGCAUCAACAAAUGAUUUGCAGAUAAACUGCAGAUCGAGUCAUUCAAGCGAUCUAUCACAUCUAUAUAUAGUAGAUAGUUACAAUUAAUUAUAAGCAAAAAGUACAUUUUUAUAAAUAUAUAUAUAUAUAUUUUUAUAAACUCAUUAACUAGAUGUAAGUAUAUAUAUAUAUUUAUAAUUCAAUAGAGUAUACGAAACGUUUCACAGAAAUUUUAAUCGGCUGGCUAUUAGAAUUUUAAGCACAUUUCUAUUUGGAUAUAGUCCAUUGUCCAAAUCCCCCAAAUAUUAGUUAGGUAUACUCAACAAAUAAAGCUUAUGUUAUGUAUGUGAA